GUUGUUGUAAAAAAAUUUUAGCCGAAGAGUUAUCUAUCAUAUAUGUUAUAUUCCAUUUUUUUAUUUCUGCGCAAUUUAUGUUACGAGUAAAGAGAGAUUGAAAAUAAAAGCGACCACAACUUUUAAAAAUUGUGCAGUAUGGAAGGGUUUAUCAUGCUUUACCUUUCAGUGACAGUUUCAGCGAUACGUGUCCCUAUUCCUGUUAUUGAACCUUCAACAAAUGAGGCAUAUGUUUCUGAGGGAGACACAGCCACAUUGGUUUGUUCUGUUAAGUGGCUGGGCACAAAAACUGUUAUCUGGAGACGUAUUUCUGAUGUCCAUCCAUUAACCAUUGGACAAUAUGUGUUCACUUCUGAUUCACGUAUAUCAAUUCAACAUGCAACAGGAACAAACGAUUGGAAUUUGAUUAUUACGGAUGUCAAACCAGGUGAUGCAGGAGAAUACGAAUGUCAAGUUAGUGCUAAGAAUACAGUUAGAAGAAUGGUUUUACUUAACGUGAAUGCCGUUAAUGAAAACAUUCGUUUUAUCAAGAAACCAUCUGACGUCUGGGUGGAAAAAGGAAAAUUUGCUAGAUUUGAAUGUUCUGCUACUGGUCGAUCAAGUCCGAUCAUUUCAUGGUCAAAAGAUGGUGUAGAUGAUUUUCCUGCUGCACAAGAAAGGCGAAUGUAUACGAUAGUUGAUAGUGAUGACUUUUUUAUUCUUGGUGUAACUAUAAAUGAUGCGGGGGUAUACACAUGUACAGCAACAACUGUAGAUGGAUCUAUCAGCACUGACGUUAAUCUCAUUGUUUUAAAUGUUGAAGAUGCAAGUUCAUCAUAGAAAGCAGAACCGGGCCUAACUAGAAUUGUUUCAUUAACAGACGCCAGACACAUACUUUUGCAUUUCCAGCUCUAUUCAUAUUAGAAAUGCAACCUUACCACCGUAGUUUUGGCAAUAAGUCUGUUUUUAGUAAAUAAAAUCAUUUAUCCUAUC